AAGCGCUCAGCUGUGCCUGCCUGUCAGGGACCAUGGCAGGCUAUAAGACACUCUCCAACACCAGCGAACAGAAAUCAAUUGCCUUCGAAGGUCAACCCAGGUAAGACUCAUUCUGUCAUCUAUGGGUUUUUAAAGGUUUGCAUUAUAAUCUAGUUUGGGAAUAAUUUAUUUGACAAUCUGUAUAUUACUCUUCCUCUGUUGAUACAGCCAGAUGUCUAUUUCUAGCAAUGUUAUAUUGGUCUAUGCCUCAUGUGCUUUAAACCGGACUGAACAUGUCCACUGCCUCAGCAUAAACAUGCAAUGUAAGCCAAUGCAUGUGUGUACUCUGCUCUAUCCUUGUAGCUAUGUGGUUUUAGAGUUCAUUUUCUGUUAAAAAUGAGAGAUUUAGUCAUAAACUUCACUGGGAUGUUGAAUACACAAUGUGUUAGUUUCCUCUUUAAAUACCGCACAGUAGCAAAACCUCAAUAUUACCUAACUUUACAGGACGCAACAGAUCCAGAGCAUUAUCAUCUGAGCGCCUCAGCAGUAAUACAAUCAUUUUCCAAUAUAUUUCCAUUUCUACAUUCAGUAAUAGUAUUUCUUGUCCCAUGUUGACUUACUACUCUCUCUGUUUACUUCUAGUGUCAUAUGAACGCAUUUUGUCCAUCCAAAGUUUGAGUGAGGUUGAGAACCCAUGGAAAAGCAUUACUCUGAACCGUUGCAUUGUGUUGGCCAUCAUCAUUGUGCUUGUGAGCUCAGGUGUGAAUGAAAUACAUGGUGAGUGUUGAAACAUUGUGAAACAUUUGUCAAUUUCUCAUAACCUCAAUGCACACAGACUAGCUCAUGCACUAUCUGUUAUGGUUUAGGUGCUCUUGAUGUAUUUCUAGAGAAUGAUCUUACUCAGAUGGUACUUGGAGGCACCGGUCUGCAACCAGACAGCAUAGCUCAGGUACUGGGCCUUAUAGCUUAUUUUCUUCACAUGUCCCUCUUAUAACUAACACAGUGAAUAACAAAUAAUUAAGUGCUCGGCUUUGGAAGCUUAUGUUGUGACCCUGGGUGUUUCCUGUUCUCUCCCUGCAGCCUGCAGCCUCUCUGUGGGACAGCUUGCUGAGUUGGGGAUCAGACGAUGGAAGAAAAGGAAAUCCAAAGAGAAGAGGGGGAAUCUUGAGGAUCAGAAAUAGAGAUGUGUCUGACAAAGGGCUGUUAAAGGAAUGAUAGAGAUAACAUUAUGGAGAAUGGUAAAGGAGGGGAAAGAGGUUGAAGGAGGAUAGUAAAACAAAAUAGGCAGACAUUUUCUGAAGGAAUAAUCAAAGAUGUCAGUAUGUGUUUAUUAUAUCAAAAUAUAAGGAUAUAUUGUAGUUGUACAAAUUUUACUACAGUAAAAAAAAAGAUUUACUAAACAUACAGUACAUCACAAUGAUCUUAAAUGCACCAUACAGUCUUAUCUUCAGUCUUAUCUGAUCAUGCAUAAUCUGUUUGCAUAAAUGUUUUUCAUAUUUAAAGGGCAUACAGAAAUCAAUACAAAUUAAUAAGAUUAGCUGGUUCCUAUCUCGUAUUUGAUGAUCAAUAUAUUAUUUUAGCCUUCAAUAUGAUCAUGUGGUGCAAAUUGAUAAUGAACAAAUUGUAUUUGAAAGAUCCAAUAUGUGCACCAUGCCAAUGAGUUUUCUAUUUAUAUAGAUGAGUGACAAAAAGUGUAUUAAAUCAGCUAAUAUUAGGCAGAACAUAAUUGAGCAUAUGUGGAGAACUAUAUGUGAUGAUGUAUUUACAAUAAACAAAAUAAAUGCACUCCAUGAGCUAAAACAUGCAAUUCUACUUGACUUUUUCUGAGUAAUAGUGCAUCAAUGCAGGUGCCCUUUAAUACCAAUCACUGAACCACAUGGAGGAGUCAGCGGCAUCCACACUCCUUGGCCACCAUGUCUGGUUUGAAGGAGAUCUUGGUUCCAUGCUC